UCAAAUUGGCGAAGCGUCGACCGAUCCAUGGGGAACGUCCUAACAGUCCGCUUUAGUGUCCUUUCUGGUCCUAGGUAAUUUACCGCAUACGGACAUGACAGUAAGUGAAAGGGCUCUACGCAAUAUACUCUACCAUUGAAUUUUGGAGAUGAUGAAGGCAGCGCAAUGGGAUCCAUCCCAAAAGAAGGUCGUGGUCAACACGAUUCCAAUCCCCUCGCCGGGAGAGAACCAAUUCCUCGUCAAGAUUGGAUCAGCUUCCUUAUGCCACAGCGAUUUCAUGUCCACGGCUAUGCCGCACAAAGAGCCCAUCACUAUCGGCCAUGAAGGUGCUGGAUACGUUCACAAGCUACACCCAUCCGCUGAGAAUAAAGGCUUCAGACUUGGCGAUGCCAUAGGCUUCACCUAUAUCAUUGAUUGUUGCUUCGAAUGUGAAGGUUGUAAGGUCCAUAACAACCACUGCCUGGUGCAGGAGAGCCAUACGCAAGGCUUCACUGCGCCGGGACUUUUCGCGGACUAUGCACUCGUGGAUUAUCAUAGUGCUAUUCUACUACCAGAAUCUUUGUCUGUAAAGACCGCGUCCCCUAUGUUUUGCGCGGGCAUCACAGCAUUCCAUUGUGUCGACUCUUGCCACCUUCAACCAGGGCAAUGGCUAGUCAUCAUCGGCUGCGGUGGUCUUGGCCAGCUGGCAACUCAGUACGCAAAGGCGAUGGGCUUCCGCGUCGUCGGCGUUGAUAUCAACGAUAAUAUUCUCGCAACAGUGAAGCGGCAAGGCGCAGACGCAGUCUUCAACUCCGUCACGAACCCGAACUAUGUAGACGAAGUGAAAGCAUUCAUGGACCGAGGCCCCAACAAAGGUGCCGAUGCUGUGGCAGUAUUCUCCGCUGCAGAUGCCGCCUACAGGAGUGCUCCGCCGCUGGUGAAGCUGGGCGGUAUCAUCAUGGUUGUGGGCUUGCCGAAAAACGGAGUAACAUUUGAUGCUUUGGACAUUGCGAGAGGCACUUUCCAAGUUAGAGGUGAUAGUACGGGGACUCCGGAUCGGAUGAAGAAAGCGAUCGACUUUUCGGCGAAGCAUGGCAUAGCGUCCGAGGUGGAGGUGUAUCCAAGUUUAGAGAGCGUGAACGAUAUGGUGGAAAAGAUGAGAAGAGGAGAAAGCACGAAGAGGAUGGUAGUUUCAUUCGAUUAAAGUUAAAUAGGGAAUGCCAACAUAUUGCCAGAAUG